UGGCUUUGCUGCAAAUCUAAAGGCAAUAUAUGCUAAUUAUUGUGUUUUUCUCUUUUUUUAGCCCAGAUUUAAUAAAAAAAUCCUUCAGGAUUUUAUUAAGGAAAUCAGAAACAAUGAAGACCGUGACUCUCCUUCUGUGUUUUGGAAAUAUAUUUGUAGCAUUACAGGCCGGUGAUCAGCAUUCAGACCCAUUCCCUGUAAUCACGCCGUAUGAAACAGCUUCUCCUGGUCUUUCGGCACUGGAAAAACAGCAAUCCAACAUCUCGGUUCUUCCAACCCAAGCAACGGGAGGAAAAAAAGCACAGCCCCCCAUGUGCUUAGAGUCUCCUGGAAUCAGAGGCGCUUUCAAAUAUGUCAACAUUAUGGUCUCUGUGGUGGUGUUUGUUGUUGGAAUAGUGGGGAAUUCUGCUCUGUUGAAAGUCAUAUAUGCAAACAAAACCAUGAGAAGUGGACCUAACAUUAUCAUUGCGAGCCUUGCUAUAGGGGAUCUGAUCCACAUUGUGAUAGACAUUCCAAUCAACUCAUACAGGCUCCUGGCAGAGGAUUGGCCGUUCGGUUUAAUAAUAUGCAAACUUGUCCCCUUCAUCCAAAAAACUUCUGUUGGGAUUACUGUGUUGAGCUUAUGUGCCCUGAGUGUUGACAGAUACCGCGCUGUUGUAUCCUGGAAUCAAAUCAAAGGCAUCUGGGUUUCUAUGCGGACAAUGAUUGAAAUAACCCUGAUAUGGGUUUUUUCCAUCCUGCUGGCUGUCCCUGAAAUUGUCGGCUUUGAUAUGAUAACAAUGGACUAUAAAGAGAAGCAUCUGAGGAUAUGUCUGCUUCACCCCAUCCAAACCACACAGUUCAUGCAGUUCUAUAAAUCUAUAAAGGACUGGUGGCUCUUUGGCUUUUACUUUUGCAUGCCACUAACCUGGACUGCAAUUUUCUACACGCUGAUGACCAGAAAGAUGCUAAGGAAGACAGAGAAUACAUUAAGUGACCACAUUAAACAGAGACAAGAAGUUGCCAAAACUGUCUUCUGCCUGGUUACUGUGUUUGCGCUGUGCUGGUUACCCCUGUACCUCAGCAGAAUCCUGAAAUGGACCAUAUAUGAUGAGAAGGAUCCUAAUAGGUGCCAGCUACUUAGUGCCUUUCUCAUCCUUGACUAUUUCGGCAUUAACAUGGCUUCGCUGAACUCCUGCAUCAACCCUAUUGCAUUGUACAUCGUCAGCAAAAGAUUCAAGAGAUGUUUCAAGGCAUGUCUGUGCAGUCUGUGUCUGCCUCUUCAAGCCCGUGCCAGCGAUGAAGCACAGUCUGUUUUGAAGUCCAGAAUGCAGGAUCAAGCCUCAGAGCAAAGCAGCAACAUCAAAGCUCACAAGGAACCUCCACCUGUUAACACCUUACUGUGUUAACAAAAGUCCUGUGGAACCGUGAAAAUACUUUUUGAUCCUGUCUAUAGUUCUUCAAUAAAUAAGUAUGGCGUUCAAAACAAA